AGUCGCUUUUAAAGAUAUUAGCUUCAUGAAGUAAUAUUGUGAGUCGUGACUAUUAGAACUAGACAUUACUGUUUCAAAAUUGUUAUUUAGAUUUUCAUUAGACUGCGAAUUAAACAGUUAUAGCAUACAAGUAACAAAUAUGUCAGCACGAAAAAACGUUCAAGCUGGAUUCCAACCGGACUCUGAUGUUUAUAUUACGUACGAAGAUCAACAAAAAAUUAAUAAAUUUGCAAGACAGAAUGCUAAAAUGGAUGACUUAAAGGAGGAAUUAAAAGUUAAACAGAAUGAAUUAAAGAACUUAGAAGAUGCAUGUGAUGAAAUAGUUCUUUUGGAUGAAGAUGCAAAGAUUCCAUAUUACAUUGGUGAAGUUUUUAUUUAUGAAGACUUAGAAAAGACACAGAAUUACUUAGAUGAGAUUAAAGAAAAGAAGAAAAAGGAGAUCUUUAAUUUGGAAAGUAAAUGUGUCGAUUUGAAGAAUAUUAUAACUGAGUUAAAAACACAACUAUAUGCAAAAUUUGGUAACCGUAUAAAUUUAGAAGCAGAGGAGGAUUAAUCUAGUCAACUAUCCAUAUAAUUUUUUUAUAAUGCGAAAUAAACUUUUUAUACUAUAGUCUCAUGUCUUCUAAUGGAUAUAAUAUAUAAAGUUAUAAAUUUAUGCAUUUUUCAUGUCAUACAUGUUAAUUAAUUGUUGUUAUGUGAUAAGCUCCUAAUAAAUUAAUCAUAAUUCUUU